AUGGCAAUAAUUGAUGGUUACUAUUGUAAUCGCAAGGAUGGUUACUAUCGAACUGGCAAGGAUGGUUACUAUCGUAAUGACAAGGAUGGUUACUAUCGAACUGGCAAGGAUGGUUACUAUCGUAAUGACAAGGAAGGUAACUAUCGUAAUGGCAAGGAUAGUUACUAUCGAAAUGACAAGGAUGGUUACUAUCGUAAUGGCAAGGAUGGUUAUAAUCGUAAUUGCAAGGAUGGUUACUAUCGUAAUGGCAAGGAUGGUUACUAUCGUAAUUGCAAGGAUGGUUACUAUCGUAAUGGCAAGGAUGGUUACUAUCGUAAUGACAAUGAUGGUUAUUAUCGUUAUGGCAAGGAUAGUAACUAA